UCUCUAACUCAUUUUUCUCCUUCUCUUUCUCUUUCCUUCAUCCAUUUUUGUUUCACCUCUCUCCCUUCCACCAUGGGAAAUUGUUGCUCCCAAGGCGGAGAUACCCCGGCCGCAGAUAACAUGGCCGCUGCUGCUGCCGAUAAGGGAGAAACCAACCAACAAAACACCAAUAAUAAUAAUAAUAAUGAUAACCAGCCAUCCACUAACCCUAUCACUACGCCACCGCCAACCUCGAAACCACCCGCCACCAACCCUUCUCCUCCGUCAAAACCCUCCAAACCGGCCGCUAUGGGGCCCGUCCUACAACGACCAAUGGAAGACGUGAGAGCUACAUACACCAUAGGGAAAGAGCUAGGGAGAGGUCAAUUUGGGGUCACACAUUUGUGUACAAAUAAGGUAACAAAAGAGCAAUUUGCAUGCAAAACUAUUGCCAAGAGAAAACUAGUGAAUAAAGAGGAUAUAGAAGACGUUAGAAGGGAGGUGCAAAUAAUGCAUCAUCUAACAGGUCAACCAAAUAUUGUGGAAUUAAAAGGUGCAUAUGAAGAUAAACAAUCUGUUCAUUUGGUUAUGGAAUUAUGCGCCGGUGGUGAACUGUUUGAUCGAAUCAUCGCCAAAGGACUCUAUACCGAACGUGCUGCAGCUUCCUUGUUGAGGACCAUUGUGCAAAUAAUUCAUACUUUGCAUUCUAUGGGUGUCAUUCAUAGAGAUCUUAAACCUGAAAAUUUCCUCUUGUUGAGUAAAGAUGAAAAUGCUCCUCUUAAGGCCACCGAUUUCGGUCUCUCCGUCUUUUUUAAACAAGGAGAUAUGUUCAAAGAUAUUGUUGGGAGUGCAUAUUACAUAGCACCAGAGGUGUUGAAGAGGAGAUAUGGACCAGAAGUUGAUAUAUGGAGUAUUGGUGUCAUGCUAUACAUUCUUCUUAGCGGUGUCCCUCCGUUUUGGGCAGAAUCUGAACAUGGAAUAUUCAAUGCCAUCUUAAGAGGACACAUUGACUUUACAAGCGAUCCAUGGCCUUCAAUUUCACCUGCAGCAAAAGAUCUCGUAAGGAAAAUGUUGAAUUCAGAUCCCAAACAAAGACUUACAGCGCAAGAAGUUUUGGAUCAUCCUUGGACCAAGGAGGAUGGAGAAGCACCAGAUAAACCUAUUGACAAUGCUGUAUUGGGCAGGCUCAAGCAGUUCAGAGCAAUGAACCAGUUUAAGAAAGUUGCUCUAAGGGUUAUUGCUGGAUGUUUAUCAGAAGAAGAAAUCAUGGGGUUGAAAGAAAUGUUCAAGGGGAUGGACACUGAUAACAGUGGAACCAUUACAAUUGAAGAACUCAAACUUGGCCUUCAACAGCAAGGAACUAAGCUUUCAGAACAAGAAGUUCAACAAUUAAUGGAAGCUGCUGAUGCGGAUGGUAAUGGAACGAUAGAUUACGACGAGUUCAUCACAGCAACCAUGCAUAUGAACAGAAUGAAUAGAGAAGAACAUCUUUACACUGCAUUCCAAUAUUUUGAUAAAGAUAACAGCGGGUUCAUUACUACUGAAGAACUAGAUCAAGCACUGCGUGAAUACAAUAUGCAUGAUGGCAGAGACAUCAAGGAUAUUCUUCAAGAAGUUGAUGGAGAUAAUGAUGGACGUAUAAACUAUGAUGAGUUUGCGGCAAUGAUGAGAAAAGGAAAUCCAGAAGCUCAUACUAAGAAGAGGCGUGAUUCAUUUGUUUCGGUUACACAAUAGUUGUGGUUGAUUAUAUUAUUAGCCAGAAACGAAGGGUUUAUUUGUAUUUAGCCCUAUGUUUUUCUUGGGUGGUGAAUUGUUGAUGGGUUAAUUAUCAUGGAUUGCACAUAGCGAAUUGCAUCAUGGUUUCAUUGGCUGAGAGGGGUAUAUAGGUAAAUGGGUCAGAGGUGAAAAAAAAGUAUAAAAAGGGGGAGGGGUCAAAAAUAACAAUACAAACUAACUUUUGAGAAAUGUGAAGAUCUGCUAGGUAUUUGGUUUGUUAACAUUAUUUUUUCAUUUCCUUUUCCAUUCUUGUGAAAAUUGUAACCAUGUAUUAAUAUUGAUGGUGACAUAAUUAGGAACGAAGAAGAAAAAAAAUGGAUUUGUAUACUAA